GUCGAGCGUCUGCAAAUGUCCGGAAGUGUUCUCAUUCUUGUUUGUAUUAUCGCGAUUGUACAAAUAUCAUGUUGAAUGCAUAGCCAGGCAAAUUUUGAGCUGGGUUAUGAGGUCGGCGUUAAAUACGACGGCCAUCAGAUGAUUUUAAGAGCAGUCAAGAGGACCCUGCAGUGCAGGCUCUCUCCAAAGCUGCCAUGUGACAUUUUGGCUGCCGGAGCCGCGUCACAAGGUCAAAGGGCCUCGCUGUGUGUGUGUCAUGGAGAGCAGCCAGCAGCAAAGACAGACGCAUGAGGAGCAGCAGCAGCAGCAGCAGCAGAAGCAACAGAACUUCUCACUGUGUGCUGCGUUUAUGUGCAGCAAGCAGACAGUGGAUCGCAAGUUUUGUGCGAGCAAAAGCAUUUUCCCCUGGAUGAAAGAGUCCAGGCAGGCCAAGCGCAAACUCGACAGCAGGCUGACAGACCUUGCAAGCGUCACCAGCACCACCGACUCUCCCAGCUCCAGCACGCCGGCCUGCAAGCGCACUCGCACGGCGUACACCAGCGCGCAGCUGGUGGAGCUGGAGAAGGAGUUCCACUUCAGCCGCUACUUGUGCAGGCCGCGUCGGCUCGAGAUGGCCGGCCUGCUCAAUUUGCAGGAGCGGCAGAUCAAGAUCUGGUUCCAGAAUCGCCGGAUGAAGCAGAAGAAGGACGAGAGGCUCCAGCAGCAGCAGCAGCAGCAGCAGCCACACGGCCUUGCCUCUGCCUCCUCCUCCUCACCUGGCUCGUCCCCCUCCGCCCCGGGUAGCCCCACUCUGUCCAGCCUCGGCUACGUGCAUUUGGGCGGGGACUACCAACCGACCUCGCUCCGGCCCCAGUCCCAGCAGCAGUGGUCGGAUUAUCCCGCUCCGAGCACCGCGUUUGACGCGCGCCCCCGCACGCACAGCGCCGCGCAUGCGCAGAGUCUAGACGAGGAUUUUCAGUCAUCUUAUUUGUCGGCUUGCAGCCCUCCAGACAGAAUCAUGCACGCUCCUAAACUCACGCAUUUGUAAUAGUGCGUCCAUAUACGUGCAUGCACUUUUGUUAUUAUUGUAAAGGCAUUAGACAUUUCAUUCAUCUAAUGCAGAAGCGUAAAACUGAUGUUUUUUUUGUAACGUAGAAUUCCCCCUCAGAGGGCCGCAGCACUGACUCAUCGCAUCGUGAAGUUAACGAAGAUAAUUUAACGAUAAAAAAAGGACUCCUGCUUGAAUUUUUAAAAAUGGAAGAUAAUUUGCAGUUUGGCUACAAAUUCCAGCAGGAUGCAAGAGUGAACGCCUUCUACUGGUAUGUGAAAGAGUCACCAGUUCAGUUGUAUUUAACUUUUUGGUAAAAUACAUUUGUAUUCGUUUUUGGAUUUAU